GUUUCAGGAAAAAGAAGCUUUUUACUUUCACAUUCAGUAGGCUACAUCGUUAUCACUGGCAGGCACACGUUUCUGUUUUUCUUCACUCUGCUCGUUUGCUGUCUAAGGCUUUACAAAAUGUCUGGAGACGACAACAGCACUGACUAUGAUUCAAUCAUUGAAAAAAUUAAAGACAAAAAGACAGAAAUGUAUCAGAAUGUAUCAGGAAAUAUAACCAAGCAGUACCAACAUGAGAUCAGGAUGACCUACUUAAUUAUAUAUUCUAUUGUCCUCAUCCUUGGUGUCACCCUCAACUUCAUCGUCAUUUUCAUCAGCUGCCUAAAAAACAAGAAUUCCCCAAAAGUUGCAACUUGGAUUAUGGCAUUGGCUUUAACACACUUCGUCUCCUGCAUAUCUAUUGUUUUUCAGUUCCUGUAUGCUUACAAUAACUUCAUAUGGAAUUACGGAAGUCCAAGCUGCAAGCUGUCAUCCUAUAUCACCUACGGCAGUAUGUUCUCCACAUCAGCCAUGCUGAGUUUCUGGAGCAUUAGUUCUACUUUUUCAAAAGUCGCGUGCAUUAAAAAGUGCAAGAAUUGUAACCUGAUUCUGAUUUCAUUUUCCUGGACCAUUGCAGCAGUCUUGGCAUGUCCUUCAUUGUUCUCCAGAGAGAUCCGAUCUUCUCAGUGCAUUGAUGAUUAUGACUUGGACAAAGCAAAAACAACUCAAGACGGCAUUAUAAGGCUGAAGACUGUUGUUGUCAUGCGCUUUCUCUUAGGGCUUCUCGUGCCAGCUUUGAUAAUGUUUUUAAGCUAUUUGGCAUCAGCUCAAAGAACAUGUCAAGACUGCAAGAAGCAGGCACAGAUAAUCUGUGCUAUAAAGAUUUCCUACUUUGUGUUCUGGGGCCCUCAAAUCGUCUUAACCAUGCUUCAAGCCACUGUAAAUGAGAGCUUGGGUUCAAAUAUGUUGAGAUAUGGACUUCCAGGAGCUACUGCAAUGGCCAUAGCCCACUGUUGUAUCUUCCCACUCAUCUAUCUGUUAUUCGGAGGCAGCAUUAAAAUGAACUGGAUGACACAUGACCCAGAUCAUGGAAUGGAGGAUUAUAAUGGCAUCAGGUUGCAAAUAAGCCAGAGGGUCUGUCUGUGUGGAGGUGUUCGUAGUUGAAUUGGAGACACUACUUGACUGUGAAGUGAAUGAGAAUGAGAGUUUUCCCUAUGAUGGACAGGUCAUCUGUCCAGUGUUUCUUCUGCCGUUCUAACCCAAUAGAUGCUGGGAUAGGUUCCAGCCACCCUGCGCUCCUACAGAGGAUAAGCAAGAAUUGAUGGAUGAGCCAUAUCACAACAAUGAAGAGAAUCCACCAAAAUGCAUGGUUGUAAUUUCUGGAUGCAAACUGACACCUGAAAAGUCCAAACUUUUAAUACUAAGAGUAUUCUGAAUGUUGGUCGUGUUUUGUCCACUUUCAUGCUUUGCUUCAAGUUAUAUGCUGCUUUUGUUGAAAAAUGCAUCAGAUGUAUACACUAACCAAAAGUAUAACCACAUCGCUAGAAUAAGCAUUGCUACAGAAACACUAUUAUCCCAAGUUUUAUAUCCUGUUGUAUCAAGCUCAUAUAGAGGACCAUUUGAAGCCAUUUUUUAAUUGAUGGUGUGUCAUAGUAUUGUUUCUGUUUUGUCAUAAUAGUGUAAUUUUCCCUUUAUUAUAAAUGUAAGAAUGUGCAAGUAUUUGUUUUUAGGCAUUUAUAUGGUUACAAUGUAAUGAAUAUAAUGCAGAUUAUGUAUUUUCAUAUGUUAUGUUUUUACAAAACACCUAAACAAAAGAAGUAUGACCAUAUUAGGCCAGUUCCUUGCACU